AUGGCAGAGGAGAAAAAGCUACUCCAAAAGAGGCUUCGUCCUCUAUAUGAAAGUAUCUUGACCGUAAAGGAACCCAAUGGUUUGGAAAUUUAUCCAAUAUUUCAGAUACUCCCUCCUAGGAAAGAUUACCCAGAUUAUUACUCAAUUAUCAAACAUCCAAUGUCCCUUAGUACUGUGAAGAAGCGGCUGAACAAUAAUUACAAAACCCCUCAAGAAUUUAUCCAUGAUUUAGUCCAGAUAACAUGGAAUGCACGUACUUAUAACACAAAGCAAUCCGAUAUAUACACAUAUGCGGAGAUUAUGGACGACUUCAUCAAGGAUGCUAUCAUUCCAAAACUACAGAAACACUACCCUGGUGUUAUAUAUCCGAACCUGGGACCUCUACCAGAUGAAAUGGAUGGAUUUGUACGUGUAGGAAAAGAUCAAGAUGUCAAGAUGGUUUCUGCCGAACAGGAGGAUGAAGAAGAUUAUGAGGAACCUGCAGUGGAGGAAGAGGAGGACGACGAAGAGUACACUGAACAAAAGAAGCCACUUCCAAAAAUUCGUAUUCCUCCAAUGACACAGUCUCCAGUACCCCAACCUCCACCAUCACAUUCGAUGACGCCUACACCUUUAUACCAGAGACAUCAGCAACAAAAAACACACAUGAGGCGUGGUCGGCCUCCUGUCAUCGAUCUUCCUUAUGAGCAGCGUAUUAAAAACGUGCUAAAAGUGUUAAAGAAAGAUGUCAACGAGCGUGGAGAGUAUAUUACGUCCGCGUUUGAUAGACUACCAGACGAAGAGCGCGAACCUCAGUACUACAGCGUCAUCACAAACCCAAUUUCGGUUGAUGAAAUCCGUAAAAAGGUCAAGCAACGUAAAUAUAAAGAUUUCCAAUCUUUUCAACAAGAUUUUAAGCUGACCAUUUCAAACUAUCAGAUGUACCACCGUUCGCAGCCCGUAGAGUUGAGAAGAGCAGCGGAAUUGGAAAGAAGGUUCAAUGAGCUUGCACAAUAUGAACUGUCAAGACCAGAUGAGGAUUUCAUGACAGAUGGAGAAUUGAAGUACCCAUUGAAUCAGGUAGAUCACAACGGUGUAACUUACAAGAUUGGUGACUGGAUUUUGCUGCAGAACCCAAAUGACGAAACCAAGCCAACUGUUGCUCAAAUCUUUAGACUGUGGUAUACUUCAGACGGUAGAAGAUGGCUCAAUGCAUGCUGGUAUCUAAGACCUGAACAAACAGUUCACCGUGUUGACCGCUUGUUUUAUAAGAACGAAGUCGUAAAAUCAGGGCAAUACAGAGACCACUUAGUUGAAGAAAUUGUUGGAAAAUGUUAUGUUUGCCACUUCACGAGAUUUCAAAGAGGUGAUCCUGACGUCGAAAUAGAAGGCCCGCUUUUUGUUUGCGAGUUUCGUUACAAUGAAAGUGAAAAGGUUUUCAACAAGAUUCGUACAUGGAAGGGCUGUCUGCCAGAAGAAGUGAGAGAUGUUGAAGAGGCCACAAUGCCUGUAAUGGGUAGAAAGUUUUUCAAAUAUGAGUCUCCAAUUAAACAUCUCUUGCCACCGAACGCAACCGUAAACGAUCCUAUUCCUCAGCCAACCGAAGGUGCAGUCAAUGCCCCCCCACUUGUAGGAGCCGUCUACCUGAGACCUAAACUUAAGAAAGAUGAUCUAGGUGAGUAUUCCACAUCCGAUGAUUGCCCACGUUACAUCAUUAGACCAGGGGAUCCACCGGAGCAGGGUAAAAUAGACAUGGAAACAGGUACUAUUAUAACAAAUACACAAACUGCAAGUGCCCUUCCAAAAAUGAAUUUGUCGACUACUAGGCUAACUUCUCUAAACAAAAGCAGAAGUAUGACAGGCUUGGCACCAUUGCGUCAUUCGAACACCGCUGUGUAUAAUCCACCACUGAUGAAGUCUACGCAAUACUAUCCACCUACCCAAUCCCCAGGUCACAGUACGGUACCACAGCAGCAAAUGCCUUUACCAAAUCAAGCUUCCUCUCAACAGUUGAAUAAACUUGGCAGCACUACUCAAACACCGGCAUACAACCCUCCUUCGAUUAUUAAUAGUCUGGCUGCACAGGCACGCACAAACAGUGCCACUAUCGGGACAAUAGUUGCAGAUACACCAGGCGCUUACGUGUUACCUCUCUCAAUUACAAAAAAUGUUGAGGUCCUGCAAAGAGCUGAUUACAACAGCCAAGUUAGAAGAUUAGGAAAAGAGCAAGUUCCUAAGAGAAAGAGAGGAAAAGGAGAGGUGAUUUGGUUUAAAGGUCCAAGUGUUACCAUCAACGAAAGGCUUCUAAACUCUGGAAACGCAUUAACGAAUCUACCGUUGAACAGGUGGUUCAAGAAGCGGAAGUUAGAUUACGAAGAAGUCGAUGCAGAAGAUAAUGACUACAAGUAUGAAGAACAAGAGGAUGAAGACAUCGACGACUCAGAGGACGAAGAUACAACUCUGCAAGGCACUUUCGCUCUUGGUCUAAGGCCUAGCGCUUCAUAUAUGGCCUUCAAGAUUGCUCAACAGCAGUCAUCAACUACGGGAGUUUGA